AGUUUUCGGAGGGUUUUCAAGACAGAGAUCCUUGUGUCCACAGCCUUAAGCCGCGCAGCCCAGGCUGCAGUGACACUGCUUUCUGACCCAGGCAUUGCAGCCAGAAGCAGCAGUAUGGGAUUUGGGGGCACCUACCUGCUUUUCUGCCUCUUCUCCAUCUUGUCCCAGGUCACUACAGAGUCACCCACCCCCAAGACCAAGAAGGCUACAAAUGUCAAGAAAGAUGCGGUGAGCCCAAAGAUGUUUGAGGAACUCAAGAGCAAGCUGGACAGCCUGGCCCAGGAGGUGGCCCUGCUGAAGGAGCAGCAGGCCUUACAGACCGUGUGCCUGAAGGGCACCAAGGUCAACUUGAAGUGCUUCCUGGCCUUCACCCAGCCGAAGACCUUCCACGAGGCCAGCGAGGACUGCAUCUCGCGUGGCGGCACGCUGGGCACGCCGCAGUCAGGACUAGAGAACGAGGCACUGUUCGAGUAUGCGCGCCAGAGCGCAGGUAGCGAGGUGGAGAUCUGGAUGGGCCUCAACGACAUGGCAGCGGAAGGCGCCUGGGUGGAUAUGACCGGCGGCCGCCCGGCCUACAAGAAUUGGGAGACGGAGAUCACCGCGCAGCCUGAUGGCGGCAAAGCCGAGAACUGCGCUGCCCUGGCCGUAGCGGCCAACGGCAAGUGGUUCGACAAGCGAUGCCGCGACCAGCUGCCCUACAUCUGCCAGUUUGCCAUCGUGUAGGCUGGCCCUGAGCGAAGGGGCGAGGCCUGGGCCAGGGAGGGGCGAGGACCAUAAAGAGGCGGGGCUGUUGGUGGGUGGGGCUUAUGGGUUGCUAAGGGGCGGGUCAUCGGUGGGUGGAGUCGAACUUCACUGAGCCGGGAGUGUGUGGUGGUUCCAGGGGAGAAAAAUGCUGAUGUGGGGGCCCUGAGAGGGGCGUGGAGACCUUUCUGCCUCGGGUUCCUCCUUGCCUGGCUUUUGCAAAUAAAGUUGGUUCAUAAUCCCUGAA